GCAGCAGGGAGUGUCCCCUGUGCAGAUUGGCCGGGGCGGAGCUGAGCAAUGUCGGGGCUGCUAUAAAAGCCCUUCCAGGGCCAGAGUGGACCAAGCACUGCCCUGGCCACCUUCUCCUCCUCGGCAACAAGGAGCACCCACAGAUCCCACUCCAAGAUGUCCUGCUACGACCUGUGCCCACCCAGGACCAGCACGGAGCUGUGCCCCCCCAGGACCAGCGUGGCUGUGCCCCAGCCCAUCGCUGAGAGCUGCAACGAGCUGUGCGCCCGCCAGUGCCCCGACUCCUCUGCCUUCAUCCAGCCACCGCCCGUGGUGGUCACCUUCCCCGGCCCCAUCCUCAGCUCCUUCCCCCAGCAGGCCGUGGUGGGCUCCUCCGGAGCACCGGCCUUUGGCGGCUCCCUGGGGCUGGGCGGCCUCUACGGCGCCGGCGCCACCCAGGCCUCGGGGGGCCUCUGCACCUUUGGCAGAGCCUACGCUGCUCCCGCCUGCAGCCCUUGCGCCCUGCCCCGCUACAGCAAGAAGCUCUGGGACACCUGCGGGCCCUGCUAGAGCCACCAGCAACAGCCCCAAAGCCCCUGGGGCCGCCUCAGCCCAGCAUGGAGAAGCUGAGCUCUGCACAAGCUGCCCUGGCCUCCUGCAGCCCGUGACACCCGGCCUGCCUGGGGCCUGCCCGCCCUCCGUCUCCCUGCCUCCCCUGCCCUUCUUGGUACAAUAAAGUUUUCCUGCAUCCAACUCCUGUCUCUCUGUGUAUUUUUCUGGAAUUUUCUUCCCUCCUCUGCUUGAGGGUAGAUUCUGAUCUCUCUG